AAGGCCUGGCUACCCCUUUUAUUGAAACUCACAAACUUCCCUUGCUAAAAAUAGAAACGUAGUAUAAGCACCUUGUGCAAGGUCCUUGAUGUUUAGAAUGACGACGAUUGCCUAGAAUUUCACGCAGAACAAAUCGUUCAAAGAUGACCAGUGUAUACGUUUUCUUUUUCCUCUAUCUUGUUAUCACUGUAUCGACCACAGCGGGCUCUAAUAAUACGUUUUACAAACACAAUAUUACUUGUGAUGACUACGCAUCUUGUAACUUGACGAAAAUUCUUCAGGAGCUGAACAACGAUACACGUAUCAGUCUGACAUCGGGGAAAUACUACCUUAGAAAGAAUAUCGACCUAUCAAGCAUUCACCAUGUCUUAAUCUCUGGGCCAUCCAAAAACUCGGUAUUCAUUGAGUGCAGCGGUGAUGACAUUGGAAUAUCUUUCUUUCGAAGCAGCAGCGUAACAAUCAAAGGACUAACGAUAUCAAAAUGCGGAGCGCCACACAUGGGUACAUCGCUUUAUAACUUCACCUUCCUCGCUGUUUUACAUUUCGUUUACACUCGAGAUAUUGAAUUUUAUGAUGUUUCUGUGUCAUAUAAUUCCGCGCUUGGGGUGAAUCUGUACGAUGUUGGUGGAAAGGUCAAGUUCUCUGCGUCGGAAUUCACAUCGAACAAAGUGGUACCAGAUAAAGACAUGUCGGUGCCACUUGGUCCAACACGUUGGGCAGGCGGAGGGAUCUAUGUGCAAUUUACAUACUGUGGAUCAAUGUAUGGUAACGGGUGCAAUGACAGCGAUGAUAUAGAACACCAGAAAUAUAUUCAUCACAAUAACUAUGUCUUUCAAGAUUGCAUAUUUUCCAGCAAUUAUGCACCAGAACCACCACAAUUACCAGAUAUUAAGAACACGGACUUUCUGCCACCACAGAAAACAGACCACAUGUCUUUAGGUAGAGGAGGAGGUGUGUCACUGUACCUUAGAGGCAACGCUAGUCAUAAUAGCUUUUUGGUUGACAACUGUUCCUUUAUCGAUAAUUAUGCUAUUUGGGGUGGAGGGUUCUUCACAGAAAUUGUCGAUUCUUGCUUCCAAAAUAAGGUCGUAAUAACCAAAAGUACUUUUACAGGAAACAAAGCUAAGUGGGCUGGAGGAGGGAUGAGGUAUGGUCUAAUCCAAGUGUUCUCCAACAUGCAACCAUUUAACAAUGGUACAUUCAUGAAUACUACAUUUGAACAAAACUCGGCUGUAUGGGGAGGCGCCACAUCAGUGUACGCAACAGAAGAACCUUUAACAAUAGACAGCAGAGCAAGCAGCCAGAUCCAUUUCUCUGGUUGUACCUGGAUAAACAAUACUGCUUCGAAUGGUGCUGCAGUUGGAGGUGCUUCCUGGAAAAUACUCAGUGCUGGUGGUGUUGUUGUUCCAGUAUUUAAGGACACCCUCUUUAGAAAUAACCACAUAUUUGACUACAAAUCAGAAAAUCUAAAUACUUCUUCAAACUUUUCCUACUCUGUGAUUAAAGGUCAAGGAACAAUUUGUACCAAUGCAAUGCCAUUCUAUUUUGAGGGUAAAAAUCAGUUUCUUGAUAAUGUUGGAACAGUGUUUUUGAUGAUAGAUGCAGUCUUGACUGCUGCAGCAGGUUCCAUGGAAUUUAUCAGAAAUCAAGGGCAUGAUGGGGGAGGUAUCUCGCUUCUAGGACAGUCUUGGAUUAAUGUCAAUCCUGGAUCCAAUUUCUUGUUUUCAAAGAAUACAGCUCUCAGAGGAGCAGGUAUCUUUGUGCAAAAUCCUGGCACCCCCAACAGAGUGGCAUCAAAAAAUUGCUUCAUUACAUAUAAUGCCCCAACCACCUUAGAGACCCUUGUAUCUCCAGACAAAUGGAAAACUUUCUUCAACUUCUCAAACAAUAAUGCUUCAGUUUCAGGGCAUUCUAUUUAUUCCUCAACCUUAAAAUAUUGUGGAUGGUACAUGGAGGUUUAUGGAUUCCAUGACAAACAGCUGUUCAACUGGUCUAAUUUUGUCUACGAGAAUGUAUCGCCUCUUGUUGGCAAUGAAAUAGCAACAGACCCAGUCCAGAUAUCUUUGAACAAAGAAGACUGGGUUGACAUGUCACCUAGUGAUAUAACCAACCCAGCUGUUAGACUAGUAGAUGAACGCAAUCAGGCCAUACCAGGUAUUGUCAACAUCAAAAUCCAAAAUACCAACAUUUCCAACGCCCAAGUAGACGUGAGUUCUGGCCCGUUUUUUCCCGCCAAAGAAAACAUCUACUCCUUCAAGCUUAGCGGGAAAGAGAACGUCCCCUUUUCCCUGUCCAUACAGACAGUCACUGGUCGCAUUGUCAAGGCAAUUAUUCCUGAAGUGACACUUAAGGACUGUAGACCAGGAUACCGCCUUCAAGAAAACUCCAAAUGCGUGUGUCUCAGAUCUCCACAAGACUCCACCGUCGACAGCGGUAUUACUCGUUGCCAGGGAGACCGUCAUGUGUUCAUCCGCAAAGGUUUAUGGGCAGGUACCAUUGAUGGUACGUCAGAAACAUUCACAACAAGUACUUGCCCCGCGAUGUACUGCAACUACCGCUGUCCACCAAAUAUGUUUUGUGCACCUCAUGAGUAUCUAUACUUGGAAGAUGCUGACAGACAGUGUGACGGGCAUCGCACCGGGGUCCUAUGCGGCAAAUGUCGCCCAGGUUACAGUGUUGUCCUGGGCAGUGAUGAUUGUAAGGUGUGUCCAGAAGGAUACGCUUGGAUUGGAUAUUUCUCUCUCUUUCUCAUUGCCGGUACUUUGGUGGUGAUAGCCGUUCUUCUGCUCAAUGUUGAUAUUUCUACAGGACAGUAUACUGGUUGCUUGUUCUUCUAUCAAGUGGUUUUGCUUUUGGUACGAGAUGGUUUUGAACCUGAUCCUAUAUUGAGCUUUCUCAUUGGCCUGGCUAACGCCCAAGUUGGUCUUGGUGCUUGUAUGUGGAAUGGAAUGACAGAUCUGCAGAAGCUGGGCUUAACCUACGUCCUUCCUGCUUACAUCCUCUUCCUCUGUAUCGUCGUUAUCUUCUUAUCUAGGUUCCCUAGCUGUGUCUUCUCUCGCCGCUCAGCCCUCCGUGCCUUUACAACACUCUUCCUCGUCUCGUACACCACGUUUACCUCAGUUUCCCUUGAGCUUCUACAUUUCACGACUCUACACGGCAAAAACGUGCUCUACAAAAGUGGUGAAGUUGAAUACUUCAAAGGUGAACACGUUGGGUACGGAAUACUCGCCAUCAUUGUCUGUGUCGUAAUCGUGUUUCCUUUCCCCUUAUGUCUUUGUUUGGUGCAGCCUCUUUCAUAUCUCAAACCAGGUCUCGGAGGUGGAAAGCUAAAACCAUUUCUAGACAUCUUCCAGUAUUGCUAUCAAAUUCGCUACCGUUGGUUUUCAGGUGUCUAUUAUCUUGCUCGUAUAGUUCUACUUCUGAUUUAUACCUUUACCUCGGAUUCAACUCUCAUGCACAGCCUUCUCUGUCUUUCCUGUAUCGUGUUACUAACGCUCCAAACAAACAUCCGUCCUUAUGGAUCCACAAAUCGUGACAAAGAACCACCCAACAGGGGAACAUGGCUCAACCUAUUAGAUUCUCUGAUUCUGAUGGAUCUCGCUCUUAUUGCUUUAUUGGGCUCUUUCUCUGCGUCCAGUGAAAGUGCAUUGACAUUGAUAGACUCGGGUGGAUACUCCGUUGCAGAUUAUUUAUGCAUUUUCUUAAUGUGGCUUCCAGCUCCUUACUUUAUUGGGGUCAUUGGUCUGAACUUGUACCUUGGUGCCAAGAAAAAACUUGAAAGAAUCCAGAGAUCUUCCCUCAGGAAUUCCAGUCCACUGACGGAAACGUCCGGCGAUCCAACUUCUGUUUCAUGAGAGAAUUCGAAAGCCUGUAAAGACUCCUUGAAAGGACUGAGCAAAUGUUUUUUUUUUUAAUAUUUAUGUUUUUGCAACGAAAAAUGUAACGAGAAUUUUUAAUUGCUCGUAACAACUAAAUUAGCCCGCAGUUUAAUUAACUCUAUCCUGCUAGCAGAGGUGUUUUUCUGCCCACCGUCUGCCGUUUGCCAGAGAGGAAGAAAAAACAACCUCUACUCGCAGCUAAUUAACUCUGCCUUAUAUGCUAAGCCUUUUAUUAAUUCAAUGAUAACGAAUGUCCAUGAUAUCCUAUUUUAAAACGGUGAUCACUGUAUUUCUAAGGGGAAAAAAUUAAAUUUAAUAAAUGAAAGCUUUAAAAGAUGGAUAAUAUAAAGCAGUUUCUUAAAUCUAGUAAUGAUAGAAUACAGAUCAUGAUUUCUUAAUAAUUGGGUCGUUUGUUGAAAACGUAGACAUAUUAACGGAAGGCGUUUAUCUGUGUCGUGUUUUUUUUCUUUUUUCUUUUUUAAUAUAAUGGGAGUGACUGCUUAAUAAAAUAAAUUUGAUGAUGCUGUGUCUUAUUUCGUAUGAACGCUAAUGGCUUAUGACAGACGCUUCGUUUCCGAUACCUUCGCAAGAUAAAAGCAUGAACAAUAACGGUACAUCUCGCAUGCACUCCAAGUAAUUGAUCAGCAAGACCACAUUCUGUACCUUGGGCAGAAAUAUAUAACGGUUUUGAGGUGCUUUGCAGUUUCCUCUGUAAUAAACGUAACUCUAGCGCUUA